AUGGGCUUGACGCGUCGUGAGUUCACCAGCAGAGAAGGUGCAACCUGCCUCAAGUACCUCCUCUUCCAACCACCACCACACACCCAUCACCACCGCUCACAUCACUCAAAGUAGACUCUGCGCACACGCCUGUCUGCCUCAUUUCAGCCUUCAAUCUCUACCCAGCAGUUGGGUUCCUGUUGCCACUGCUCUACACCGUGCCACACACAGUCAAGAUGCACUUGUUGGACCUGUACCUUUGCGUGCCUGUGCCUGCACCACUGCUCCUCGAUGAACGUCUACUUCGACACUUUUGGUGCCUGGUGUUCCUGAUAUGUGGUGUGCACAGCUGCUUUGACAACAAUGCAACAUGA